AGUUUUUGUACAAAGUUCGGCAGUUUUUCUUUUACCUUCCAAAAUUUUGUAUUUUUAAAUAGUUUCCACCAAAAAUGGCUUCUACCGGUCUUUUGGUUGUUUCAAAUGUUAAACAAUUUGCUCAAUCCUUACGUUCUAUUGAGAAAUACGUUCAUUCCCUCUAUGUGCAUUUAAAUGUACCUGUGACAAGAGCACCAAUACCUUCCUGGGGUCGGCUAAUUUCGCAACUGUAUGUGGACAGUAAUGUUCAUUUUAAUAACAAUGUAGAUAUGAAUAUUUUGGUGACACCUUUGAAACAAAAAGGAACAUUUGAGAACUUGAAUUUACGACCCAUUGAUAUGAUAUUUUCCGAUGCCCAUCAUCCAGAGGUCUGUGAGAAGUUACGUCAACAAUUGAAAAUCGAGAAACCUACAAUUUAUUUGGCUGAUGAAAGCGUCAACGACCUGUCGGACUAUCAACAAUUGGAACCGGAGGACAAAAUAAAAAUGUAUAAUAAUGUUGUUUUAGGCGGUACAUUUGAUCGCAUUCAUUUGGGCCAUAAAAUAUUUCUGUCACAAGCCGUUGUACGUGCUUGUUGUCGCUUGGUUGUGGGUGUUACUACUUCCCAAUUGACGAAAUCAAAAACUCUUAGCGAAUUAAUUUUACCUGUCGAUCGACGCAUAAAUGAUUUACAAACAUUUUUAAAAGAAAUUGACGCUACAUUAGAGUAUGAAGUUGUACCCAUAGAUGAUCCAUUUGGUCCUACAAAAAGUGAUCCGAAUAUGGACAUGAUUGUAGUUAGUGCAGAAACUUUGCGUGGUGGACAGAAAGUAAAUGAACUUCGACAGGAAAAUAAACUAAACACAUUGGACAUAUUCUGUAUAGACCUAGUGGAAGCCACGGACAAAGGUGGACCAAAAGAGAAUAAAGUUAGCUCAAGUAAUACAAGAAUUGACAUCUUGGGAACACGCUGGAGACAACCAGAGUUUAAAUCACAUUUAUCUGCAAAACCUUACAUUGUGGGUCUAACUGGAGGUAUAGCUUCGGGCAAGAGUAAAAUGGCUCAACGUUUUGCCAAUAUGGGAGCAUUUGUCAUGAAUUGCGAUAAAAUUGCUCAUGAAAUUUAUGAACCAGGACAGGUGUGCUACAAUCGUAUGGUUGAAUAUUUCGGUAAAGAAAUUUUAGAUAAUAAUGGACGUAUAGAUCGCACCAAACUGGGACCAAUCGUUUUUGCCAAUCCUUCAGAAUUGGAAAAACUGAAUAAUAUUGUGUGGCCCGAAUUAAUGGCAGAAGUUAAAAGACGCAUUAAAAUAUUAGCUGAGCAAGAGAAGCCACCUCAAGUGGUGAUAUUAGAAGCCGCCGUUUUGCUAAAAGCAGGCUGGGAUCAAGAAGUUCACGAGGUAUGGUCUAUGAUUGUGCCACCUGAAGAGGCAGUUAAACGUGUAGUAGAACGUAAUGGUCUAACGGAAGAAGAGGCUAAGCGCAGAUUGGCCAGCCAAUUGAGUAAUAGUGAAAUGGUGGCUAGAUCACAUGUGAUUUUCAGUUCCUUGUGGGAUACUGAGUUUACCUUAAAACAAGCGGAAAAGGCCUGGCUAAUGUUAAUGCAAGAACUAAAAGCCAGAAAUCUACAAUCCAGUAGUAGUUUAUAAAAUUUAAUUGUAAAAAUUUUACACUAUUUUAGAGUAUUAUAAGGCAAGUGGAAAUUUAAAUAAUGAAAAUAUUUUAAUUACUCCA